CUCCACUCAAUUCUCGAGCAUGGCCAUGGAGCAGCAUGGCGAGGCGCCUCGGCGCAAGCGGAAGAGCAGAUUCAGCGAUGCCCCAGCGAACUCAGACGCACCAGCAUCCAAAAGACCUGCGGUGGGAUCUGGCGUAGCGCCUGCACUUGAUCCCGCGGCUCUGGCACGCGCUGCAGCGGCAAAGAUAUCGCGAGCCAUCCCCGGAUCAGCAGCCACACCAGCAGCCAUAUUGGGUGCCACAGUGGCGAACUUAGACCCGGAAGAGCUCAGCCGUAUCGAGCAGGAGAAACGGCGACGGACAGAUCAGAUCUACAAGUCGGUGCAGAGUCAAAUGAGCCACAUUAAGGAGCUGUUGCGAAAGCCCGGGGCCUCUACGGCGACCGCUGCGUCUGUUGCAGCUCAGAGCGCUCAUGCAGGCGACAGUGGGACAUUCAUGCCGGCACCGCUGCUGCUGGAUGAACAGGGACGGGAGAUCGAUGCAGCAGGAAAUGUGGUCGUCAAGAAGCCAAGCGUGGCGACUCUCAGGGCCAAUCAGGGAAGUGCCAGGGGUGGCGACGCUGUCAAGAAGAACCAGAACCCGUAUUUAUCUCAUCGUACAGUGGAAGAGAACGACAAAUUGGAGGCAGUGGAUCCCCGACUCAAGGUUACCAAGCGAGAAACACGUGCUCGUAAAACGUUUAACUUCGUUGCACAAGGCACUUACGUGAAGCAGGCAGAGCAGGUGCGCGCGCGUGAUGCUAAGAAGAUGAUGGCUGGGUUCACGUCGGGCCGUAAUCCUCGAGGAUACCAGAAGGAGUCAAUUGUGCCAGUCGAAGAAUCAACCGAGUCAACCGAGCCGACCCCGGAGGAUGGCGAGACGUCUAGCAGCAUGGAGAUUGACAGCAUGGACGUCCCGCUUAGACCAGAGAUGUCUACCCCAGAAGUCGAGUGGUGGGAUGUAGAGUACCUCCCCAAGGACAAGCGUGCUGUUGUGGACAAGUUUGGAUUUAUUAAGGCUAGAGCUCGCAAGGAGAAUCCAGAUGUGACCGUGUCCUAUGCAGACAUGAAGCUCAAGUAUUGUGGCACUGCUCACGUUGUUGAGCAUCCAGCGCGGCUCAAUUUGAUUAUCAGACACGAUAACAAACCCGUAGCGGUGCCACUCAUGCUGACUGCUGUGGAACGCAAGAAGAUUCGACGUCAGAAUCGUGCAGACCGCGAGAAGGAAAAACAGGAUAAGAUCGCACUAGGCUUAUUGCCACCUCCCGAGCCGAAGGUGAAGCUGUCGAAUAUGAUGCGUGUGUUGUCCGAGCAGGCUGUGGCAGAUCCAUCGGCCAUCGAGCGCAAGGUUCGUGAACAGAUAGCGCAGCGCGAGAAGAACCACGAGAUGCGCAACCUGGCGCGCAAACUCACACCCGAAGAGCGACGCGAGAAGAAACUCCGCAAGAUCAAGGAGGAUGCCGCUGGAGACAUCCAUGUGGCGCUCUUUAAGGUGCCGGAUCUCUCGAACCCGCAACAUCGUUUCAAGGUCGAUGUCAACGCUCAGCAGUACCAUCUCACUGGCGGCGUACUUAUCUGCAAGGAUAGCAACAUCAACAUGGUGGUGGUGGAAGGAGGCAAGAAGGCCAUUAAGCAGUACACGAAGCUUAUGAUACGGCGCAUCGACUGGAACGGAGCUCGCGAGGCAGAACACGAGUCCGACAGCGAAGACGAAGACGCGACUAAGCGUGGCAAUGGCUGUCUAUUGGUCUGGCAAGGAGUGGUGGCUCGCAAGGCGUUCAACAAUUUCCGCUUUCAGGAGUGCCGGACAUCCGUCACCGCGCGCAAAGUCAUGGAGGCCAAGAACGUCGUUCACUACUGGGACCUCGUGGAGAAAUCUGCGGAGACUGCAGAUGCCGAACCGUAA